UUUCCUCUUCACCACUUCUCCAGCAAAAAAAACCCCACCAGUGUCAUUCAUUAGUUACAGCCUCUCAGUUGCAGGCCCUGUGUGCACGUUCCCCUUUAGAUGUGAGCCUGUACCCACAGAGAGGGUCCGCGUCUCACACUGUCUGCUCCGCCUGCCGUAGUGCCAAGGUUGUGUGUCUGAGUGUGUGUGUGUGUGUGUGUGUGGGUCACACUGAAUGACAGGAAAGGAGAGAGAGAGAGAGAGAGAGGCUCAUAUAGAAGAUCUCGGGGGCAACAGAUCUGUUUUGCUCGGCUGAAGGACCAAACACAACGGGAUGGAUUUCUGCACGACGUGAGCACAAGCGAGGGACGGAUCCCUCACACAUUUAAAAAAGAAGAAGAAAAAAAAGUCAGGAUGUCUGGGAUGGAUGUCCCACUGAUGGACAACAAUGAGACCGGAGUCUCUCCAAUAGACAACGGGACCUUCCUCCGUUUCUCCCCAACCUCUGCCUCCACGUCAGCCGCCGCCGCCUCCUCAUCCCCAGGACGCCCGGGCAACGUUUACGUUUACGUGUGGCUCUUCCUCGGCCUGCUGGUGUUCCUGCUGACGCUGCUCAUCAUCUCCCUCCACAGGCUGAAGAACAUCAUCUCUUCCUCCUCCUCUGUCCCGGACUGCAGCAGCGAAGGGGGGAGCUCCUUCACCAACAUGGAGAUCUGCAGCAUCUCGUCUCAGAAGUCCACCAUCUCCUCGCUGUCCACCUGAGGAAGGGGGGCGGGAGGGAGCAUGCACGGACAAAGACAUAUGUGUCCACGUGCAUGUGUGCUUACAUGCAACAGACCAGCUUGCACACACAUAAAGACUUAGAGGUCUGGCUCCUCACUCCUCACUGUGACAUACAAACACAAAAACUUGACUCCAUGCAUACAUGGCCUUACUCUCAAUGCAUGCAUGUUCUAUUCCCGAUGGUCCAGUGAGUCAGGUGUGUCCAUGCAAUUUCCUCUGGCACAGAGGAAAUAAAGUUCACAAUGAGGUGAACGGGUCUUGAGGGGUGGGUGUGACUGAGCCUUGUUUCAAGACAAAGCUGAAAAUUGUCUUCCCUCUGCAGGAUGAAGCAUAUGGAGGAACUAUUCUCUUUCCAAACGCGUAUCUUGUACUGUACUUGUCAUAAUUACUAUAAUAACAAACAAGUUCAUUACUUUGUACAACGAUGCAUGCUUUUGCUGUAACCCAUUUUUUUAUCUACCAAACAAAGGGUAAGAUACCUUGAGAAUAGUAUACAUGCCAAAUCGAUUCCCCAAGGUUUAGUGGGAUGAGGUUGCACAAAGGAGAUGGAAGACAUGGUGAUGCGGUUGCGAAGGUGAGAAAGAAAUGAAGGUUGUAGAGAAUUGACAGGCUGGCAGCCUCCGACUGCGGCGGCAGACAGACCGGGUCAGAAGUGUCAGAAACUACAAGAUUAAAUCCUGGUCCUGAAAGACAGAUCUGCGAGCGUAAAGGAUUACCCUUUCUUACCUGUCUGCUCAUAUGGCAUCUGAUCGUAGUCUCCAUAGUGACUGAAGCAUGAGAGCUCUGUGCAGCUGUCAGCCUUGAGUGUGUCCCAGGCUAAAGCUACAGUGUUGGUUGUUUCAGCUCAAUAUCGAUAUUUAACAAAAAAAUACUAUUGAGAUAGUUUUUUUUUUUUUGACAUGGUAAUAAAAAAUAUUACACACAUUCAGAACCUUUUCACCAGAUUCUAAAACAAAAUAAAAGAAAAGAAACCAA